AGCGCAGUAGAGUAGUAUGGUACCCAAAACCCGAAUAAAAUCGAAGAACCGACCUUGAUGAUUACAUAAAUUCACUCUCACAAGUUACAGAGCUUUCUCUCUCAGAAACCCUAACCCCCAAAUCGUAGCUUCCCUCCAAAACCCGCAUUGCAAAACCCUAAUUCGUCGUUCUCGUCGGCAAUGACGAAGGUGUACGGAACAGGCGCGUACGAUUUCAAGCGCCACCAUGUUGCCGAGUACCCGGUGGAGCUGAACCAACAGCUCGGAGACAAGCCGGUGGAGGCUAAACCCGGCGCGGCGCUGCCGAGCUCGAUAACGCUGUCGGAGAUUCAGAGGGACCAGCUCACUAUGAUUGCAGCUGCGAAUUGGUCCAAAGCCGGCGGCGACGCCGGGCAGGUGAAGAAGGCUUUCGACGCGGAGCUGGUGAAGAAGAUUUACGAGACGGAGUUGUGUGUGAAGGAGGGGCAGAGGAAGACGGUGCCAUUGCAGAGAGUGAUGAUUUUGGAGGUCAGCCAGUACUUGGAGAACUAUCUCUUUCCCAAUUUCGUUCCUGAAACGGCGACGUUCGAGCACGUUAUGUCCAUGAUUCUCAUGGUCAAUGAGAAGUUUCGAGAGAAUGUGGCAGCUUGGGUAUGCUUUCAUGACCGGAAAGAUGCGUUUAAAGGAUUCCUUGGAAGGGUUCUUCGCCUUAAAUCGGUUUGUGUCCAUUUCUCUACUUUAACAUAUUCCUUAAUGCAUCAUAUAUGGGCUAAGUUGGAACAUUUUAUUCCUUCUUCCUCGUUAUGUCAAGCUUGUGUAGUGAAACUGUAUGAUUGCUCCGGUGGUUUACAUGUGAUUGCCUGUAGUUUAUGCCUCGACUCUUAUGGGUAUUUUUCUCAUGGAAAUUGGUAUGCCAGAGGUGCUGAUGAGGCCCAAACAACUAUAUAUGAGGAGUUGGGUGAAAAGAGGCGUUGUACCUUGCUUGUGCCAGCCCCAUUUUGGUGA